GGCAAAAGGGAAUUUCAUUCCUCCUUGUAGGGGACAUGUCAGUAACGCAGUCAUAAAUUUUUUUUGAUAUAAGGUACUUACAUCGUGAUUAAAUUCAAACAUCCGUUGUGAGUAUCAAAGGGACCGUGGAUGUAUAUCCCGUAAAACCGUUGAGAGUGGGAGCUGGGCGGGAGGAUUUUCGUCAAACAUGGCUGCUGAAGGUAGUGGUGUGACCACGGGUCAGCCCAAUCUCUAUAAACAAGAUUUAUCGAAGCUAGAUGUCACUAAACUGACGGCAUUAUCUCCAGAAGUAAUUAGUCGUCAGGCUACUAUUAAUAUUGGUACUAUUGGUCAUGUAGCUCAUGGAAAAUCAACUGUUGUCAAGGCUAUAUCUGGUGUUCAAACUGUAAGAUUUAAGAAUGAAUUAGAAAGAAAUAUUACCAUCAAACUUGGCACAGAAGAGGGACUCAUGAAGUGCAAGAUGGUGAUGAAGCAUCCUGUUAUCUCUCUUCCAAAGACCCCCAUAAUGUCAUUGAGUUUGUCCUGUACAACUGAUACAAAAGUAACUGAAUCUGCUGUAACUGGAGAGAGUGGACCUCAGACUACAGAAUUACAAGGAUCCUGUGUAGGAGAUGGUGGGAAAGAGGGAAGUGCUAUUCUUUCUAGCAGUGGCUGUGAAAAAUCUUUCAACACAAGUGAAAAAAUAACAAAUAAUUCCUCAGACACUAUGGAUAGUGAUAAAUCACUGGAUAUUUGUGGGAUGCCAGAUACACCUGUGUCAAUGAUGGAUUCUGGAGAUGAACCUGUGAAAGAAAGAAAGAGAUCAUCUUCUGCAAGUUUCCCAAAAACGGCUAAGAAAGACAAGAGAUCACGCACAGAGAAAGUGUAUGAAGUUGAAGCAAUUGUUGACCAUUGUGAAAAUAAUAAGGGUAUUCUAUAUAUGGUGAAGUGGAAAAAUUGGGAUUCCAAAUUUAAUACUUGGGAGCCCAUUGAACACUUAAAUAAUUGUGGUGAAAGUUUGCAAAAAUAUUUUGCGAAAAUAAAUGGAACUCGAGUAAUUACAGAGGAAGACAUUAUGGCAUAUAGUAACACUUUGGUCAGUCCCACUAAAGAAUCUUUAGAAAUCUUAAUGGCAACUUUAAUUCAUAAGGGAAAACUUAAAUAUGUUGUUCCAUCGGAAACUGAUGUACGCAAAACCCUUAGUUUACUUCUCAGUGUUCCAGAGUUUGCAAGAAAUCCAGAGACAGUGGAGAAAGUUCAGAAAGAUUUGAUGUUAAGAGCCUUACACAAGAGGAGAACGAAUCAGUUAUUAUCUCUGAAAGAAUGGGAAUCUGAAAUUAAUCGAUCUGCAAAUGAUCCUUCUUUGAUAAUUGUAGAAAACAAUGUAGAUUUAGAAUUGAGACCAGCUAAUUUUCAUUACAUUAAUGAUUAUAUCCCAGGGAAGGGUGUUACCAUUCCUGAUGAUCCUCCUAUUGGAUGUAACUGCCAAUUGUGUGAUUCCCGAACUCUUUGUUGUGGUAAGCAAUCUGGAAGUUCAUUUGCUUACAAUUCAAAUGGUAUUUUAAGAGUUCCCAUUGGCACCCCAAUUUAUGAAUGUAAUAAAAAAUGUUCAUGUUCUAAGGAAUGCAUCAAUAGAGUUGUUCAGAAAGGCCCCAAUGUUAAAUUAAGUAUUUUUCGCACAUCCUCAGGAUGUGGUUGGGGAGUGAAGGCAGUAGAGGCAAUUAAUAAAGGGGUUUUUGUUUGUGAAUAUGUGGGAGAAGUUGUUGACAAUGAAGAGGCUGAAGAGAGAGGAAAGAAGUAUGAUGCCGAAGGGCGCACAUACCUUUUUGAUCUUGACUAUAAUGAAGAAGAACAGUGCCCUUAUACUGUUGAUGCAGCUUCUUUUGGAAACGUCUCUCAUUUUAUUAAUCACUCUUGCAAUCCUAAUUUAGCUGUAUAUGCUGUUUGGAUCAAUUGUCUUGAUCCCAAUUUGCCAAAAUUGGCCUUGUUUUCCACUAGACGAAUAAAAAGGAAUGAGGAGAUAACAUUUGACUACAUGAGACAGGACAAACAGGGUACUCCUCCCAAAGGACCAAAGACCUUGUGUAAAUGUGGUGCUGAAAAUUGCAGAAAGUACCUAUUUUAAAUAUUUGUAAUAUUUGUAACAUUUGUUUGCUAUAAGCAAACGUUUCCAUACAGGUCAGUGACACUCCCUAUUCCUAUCCUUGUUCCCUCCCCAUUGUCCUUGUUUCAAUUGUUACAUGCGAGAGUUUCAAAAAACUACUAUUCAGCAUUGUGCUUUAAGCAAAUUACUUCAUAAAUGUGUUCAGCUGCAUGUUUUGGCAGUUCCUGUAGCAAUAAUAUUGAAAGGCACCCAAUUAAAUGGUAUUUUUAGAAUCUGUGUUUAAAAAUAGUGUAGUAUGAAAGCUGUGUUUGUUAAGCUUCAUACCUAUAUUUUGUAAGUAAAGAUUUAUAUUUUAAAAAAUGGAUAAAGAACAACGAGGUUAUCAGGUGAAACACAUGUUUUGUUGUGUAAAUAGUGUUGUGAAUCAAGUAAGAUAGGUGGUUUUCCUUUUUGAUGACCUCGCUUGUUUUAUUGUUUUCUAUGUAGUUCAUCAUUCACAAUUGUACAUGUUUUGAGGGACAUACAGUUCUGUGCUAAUUUAAUUUUAUAAAGAAAAAUGUUUCAUUCAUAAAUUAAAUGCCUCAGAACAAUGAGCUGGUAUUACAAUCAUCUUGAGUUUUGGUAAAAUUUUAAUGUUUUUGAAUUAAUGUUAUAUGAAUUAUGAGGGAUGUUGGAUAACCUCCAAGAAAUGUUGAGUGCGUUGUUAACCUGAAUUACUAACUUGUGGUUGUGAGUAUAGAAUCAUUGAUUUUAAUGUGGAUUAUAUAUUUAGCUUUUUCCUUUCGUUUUUAAAUUUGGUGCUUAACAAUUUGUUUCAAUUUCAUUAUAUUAUCAAAAUCUAGAAUUCUGAGAUUUCAUGUUUGUCAGUUGUUUUGAAAUUGCAACUUGUGUUUGGUUGUGUUUGUUCAAUCUAAAAAAAUUCUUUACAUGUGAAGUAAAAAAGGAUAAUACUAAAUUUAAACUAAAAUUUUUCUUGUCACAUAGAAUUAUUUGUAAUUGCAAUAAAGACUGCUGGAGAUGGUUCUUUGUAGCACGUCGUUACAUUCCUUUGUAAUUCACAAUAGUUUGACGAGACUCACUGCUCUAGGUUGCAAUGUGUAUGCUAGCAAAUUGGUAUUCUUGAUAUUAAAAACUGUUUCUAAAUAAGACAAAUAUCAAAACACACUGAUUUGUUAAAUAUGAUUACAUGAAUGAAAACUAUUUUAAUUUUCUGAAGAGUGGUGUCAUAAUGAUGUACUCUACCAACUGAAAUGUAUGUCAUUGAAAAAUGUAUUUUCAAAAUAUUUCUCCAAAUGGAAUAAAAUAUUUUUUUAUGUUUUUAAUGUAUGAGUUUUCUUACAUUUGUAAUUUCU